AUUGAUCUCCAGCUUCAUCUUCAAAAUUGAGUUGAAGCCUUCAUCUCUCUUUGUUUCAGGGUUUUCCAUUGAUGAGAUAGUAGUAAUCAAUAUACAUGAAUGAGAUGAGAAUGGGAAGAUCGCCGGGUUGGGACGAGCAGGGAUUGAAGAAAGGGCCAUGGACGCCGGAAGAAGACCAGAAACUGAUAGAUCACAUAAAGAGACACGGCCAUGGCAGCUGGAGAGCUCUGCCGAAGCAGGCUGGCCUGAAUCGAUGCGGAAAGAGCUGCAGAUUGCGGUGGACCAAUUACCUGAGACCCGACAUCAAGCGGGGCAAUUUCACCGCCGAGGAAGAGCAAACCAUCAUCAACCUCCACUCCGUUCUUGGAAACAAGUGGUCGUCCAUUGCAACUCAUCUUCCGGGAAGAACAGAUAACGAGAUAAAAAACUACUGGAACACGCAUCUGAGAAAGAAGCUUCUUCAGAUGGGGAUCGAUCCCGUCACUCACCGUCCAAGAACCGAUCACCUCAGCGUUCUUGCCGCUUUUCACCAGCUUCUGGCCGCCGCCAACGUCAAUAACCUCUUGAACAACGUCCAGUUGGAUGCGACAGCUCUUGCCAAGGCCCAGAUGUUGCAUAACUUGAUUCAGUUCCUCAACAUGAGCAGCACCUCCUCCCCGGCGGCUUUGCAGACAGGCAGCAGUCUCAUGGGUGGUCUGUCUUCCCAAGAAAACCGAACCAUAAGUGAAUACCUUAAAGCCCUUAACAACAAAAAUGUCGGUCUCUCGGCUGAUCAGUCACAGGAUUUUUCUCAUGUUCUUGGCAACAGCAGUGAUUUGUUCCCUAACCAGGAUGACCCUUUGGCUCCAUUUUCUUCUCCCAACCAUAUCGUCAUUCACGAUCAGAAUUCACUUCCUCCGUUAGUUCCGGAUUCUCCAGAAGAUUCAAAAAUGAAGGGCGAUGAUGACAUGGUGAACAACACUCCAUGCCCUUCGUCCAUCUCAACUUAUGCACAUGAUCAUGAUCAUCAACCACCAUGGGGUGACAUUAUGGAUGAUGAAGCGAGCGACUCUUAUUGGAAGGAGUUCAUAGAGCAAUCGUGUUCGGAGCCGUGGCCGUUUUCCCAAUAGAGAAUGUUAUAGAAAAUUAUUUUCUGUGGACAGUAUAGUAUGUAUAUUAUACAUACACAGAUACACCAUGUUAAUAAUUAAUUCAUAUGUUGCAUUAAUUCUAUCUUCUCAUUUCUCGAUUUCAAGCAUUCAUAUUGUACAGAACAAGUGAUUCGCGGUAUUCUUGUAACAUUGUGUUG